GAUUUUAUAUGUAGAGUUGCGGAAGACUGAAUUACUUAGUCAUUUGACGAAUUGGCACGGAGUUAUCAGGUUAUUGCUGUAAACCGGUGUAAUCAUGGAUAGAAUAAAAGCGAAGAUUUCGAGUAUAGAUGACCGAGGAACGAUAGCAGAGCGAAUUUCAGCAGAAAAAUUCGCCGAUUUGGGAUUGAAAGACAUCACUCUACGCCCGUAUCAGUUGGAAGGAGCAAACUGGAUGAUUCAGCGUUUUCACAGGAAGCAUGGAUGCAUUCUGGGAGAUGAGAUGGGGCUAGGGAAAACGUGCCAGACUAUCUCACUGCUUGUUUACAUUCUUGGAUCUGAACUGGAAUGCAGUGAAGAUCCAGCGUUAGUAGUGAGCCCUCUCUCUGUGAUGGGAAACUGGCAAGAUGAAUUGAAGAGGUUCGCCCCUCAUUUGAAGGUAGUCUCCUACACUGGAGACAAGGAAUAUCGAGGGGAACUCAGGCAUGAACUUCGUUCCAUGGAAAAUGUCAAUGUCAUUUUGACAACUUAUGAGAUUUGUCUGAAGGAUGAAUCCUUUUUCCAAAAGUUUUCCUGGUCAGCUUUGAUUGUGGAUGAAGCUCACCGACUGAAGAACCAGAACUCACUCCUACAUCAGUCUCUAAAAGAGCUUGAUAUCAGACACAUAGUCCUCUUGACUGGAACACCAAUCCAGAACAACCUUCGAGAACUCUUCGCUCUCCUCUCUUUCGUCGCCCCACGUGUCUUCAGACCCAGUCUUGCGGACAAGUUUGUAGAGACCUAUGAGGAUAUGAGUGAUGAUCAUGUGAAAGAUGAGCUGCACUCCAUGCUCCUGCCAUUCCUAUUGAGGCGUACAAAAAAUGAAGUGGUCCUUGAUCUGCCCAAGAAGACUGAGGUCAUUCUUUUCCAUGGAUUGACAGCACUACAGAAGAAACUCUACAAAGCCAUUCUCACAAAGGACCAUGCUGCUUUUGAGCAAAAUGUCGACAUGGUCGGAAUGCCUCGUACCAGGACAAGUCUGAUGAAUACUCUGAUGCAGCUACGCAAGUGUGUCAACCAUCCCUAUAUCUUUGAUGGUGUGGAGCCUGAACCUUUUGAGCUCGGAGAGCAUCUGGUUGACUGCUCCGGAAAACUCCAUCUCCUGGACAAGCUAUUGAUGUCUCUAUGGCAACAGGGUCACAAGGUUCUUCUCUUCUCGCAGAUGACCCGCAUGCUGGACAUCCUGCAGGACUACCUGGGUUUCAGAGGUUAUGAGUAUGAGCGUCUGGACGGUUCCGUCCGUGGAGAAGAGCGUUACCUGGCGGUCAAGAACUUCAACCAGCGAGACGACACCUUUGUGUUCCUCCUCAGCACCAAGGCUGGAGGUCAAGGGUUAAACCUGGUCGGGGCGGAUACGGUCAUCUUCGUAGAUAGCGACUACAACCCUCAAAAUGACCUUCAGGCGGCUGCCAGGGCUCACAGGAUUGGUCAGACGAGGCCUGUAAAGAUCAUCCGUCUGAUUGGUCGUGACUCGGUUGAGGAGCUUAUCUUACAGAGGGCAGACGAGAAGCUGAAACUCACCAACGAUGUCAUAGAGGGCGGCAAAUUCUCUCUAGGAACGAGCAACAGUGGUCUCGCUGGCAAUGCUACUCAGCUGGCGGACAUGCUGAAGUUUGGUCUGGACAAGAUUCUCCAGUCUGAGGAGAGUUCCGUCAAGGACUUGGACCUCGAGGAGAUCCUUGGAGCUAGCGCGGGAGGAGAGUGGAUGGUGGAUGAAAGGAAGGAUGAAGAAGACAAGGAGGAGGAGAAGAUGGAAGAUGAUGAGGGCUCAGAUGAAGAGAAAGGUCACAUGUACAUGUUUGAAGGGAAAGACUAUUCCAAGGAGACAAGUGCAGCAGACAAGAAAGCAUUUGAUGAAAUGAUGUCAGCCCAAAUAGCAUUGAUUGAGGAAGAGGCUGGUGGGUCGCGGACGAUGAGAAAGGGUCGCGGCCAGAGGGGAGACUCGUUGGAGAUGAUGUCGGUGUUACCUACGGUGGCCCGGAAGAGAAAACAACUGACAGAGGAAGAGAAGGCAGAGAGGAAGAAGAAGAGAGAGGAGAACGCUGCUAAGAGAGCAAAGUUGAUGGAGGAAGCAGAGAUGCAGAGAGCAGAAGAGAGAAGACGAAGACUAAAAGACAUGUGGGAAGCCAGGGGCUAUGAGUCUUCCAACGUUGCCAUGGAAACGGAGGAAGAUGAAGAUGAUGAGGCGUCAGAGGAUGGGAAUGUCGAUCUAUCGGGAGAUGCUGAAGAUGUGGGCGUGGCCCUUAGAUACGUAAGGGGCGACGUGACACACCCAAUCAAUACUGGAGAUCAGGAUGCCAUUGUGGUGCAUUGUGUUGAUGACAGUGGAAGUUGGGGUCACGGAGGUUUAUUCAGUGCUCUUGCUCGUCGAUCUCCACAACCGGAACGCCUUUAUGAGCUUGCUGGCAAAAUGAGAGAUCUGAAUCUAGGAGAUGCCCAUCUCGUUCCCAUUGAUGAUGUUGUAAGCAGGGAGGCUGGCAAAGACUGGGUUGCCUUGAUUGUAGCACAGCACAGAGACAAAAACAACCAUUUGAGCGGCAUCAAACUAACAGCGCUUGACAAAGGCUUGCAGAGACUCUACAAGGCAGCCAAAAAAUGCAAUGGGACCGUUCAUCUGCCCAGGAUCGGUCACUCUACCCCGGCCUUCAACUGGUACGGCACAGAGAGACUCAUACGCAAACACCUAGCUUCAAGAGGCGUACCAACUUCUAUCUAUUAUUAUCCAAGGAAAGGUAGUAAAACAAAGAGACCCAGUCCACAAGACGACGAUGAUGAAGAUACCAAACCAUCCUCACAUGCUGCCCGUAGCCAUAGCAAUGAAGAUGAUGAUGAUGAGGAUGCAGCGGAACCAAGCUGCAGCUCACACAAACGCACCAAGCAGGAGAAGAAGACUGACCCCUCUAGAAACCAAGAGGAGGAGGAGGAGGCGGAAAAGAAGAGCGGGCUCGCUGAAUUUCUUUCCGGUCUUUCGGCAUGCAUCCACAAGAGCGUUGAUGGAGAAAAGGAGAGGAAGAAACUCCGUAGAUACAUCAUUGCUCAUAACGGUGAUGUACAUGAAGAGUGCUCGGACAAGACGACCCAUCUUCUCGUUUCUGAAGGCUUUCAUGGGGAUUUAAGUGAUGUUGACAAAUUCCCCUCCUUGAAAGUGGUGACAGCAGAUUGGCUCUGGGACAGUGUUGCUAAGCAACGGAAACAACCUGAACGCGACUAUGUGAUCAGCUGAACAUUGCAACAUAGUGGUCCGGAGAAUCGAUUCAUGUAGCUUGAAACAACUUAAAUGUUCCCUGAAGAAACAAUCGUUUUUUAUUUGUUAGAAAGUUACUUUGAAAAUUUCAUUACAACAUAUUUACCUCCAAAAUUCUCAGCUGUUCACCCCCAGCCUUCGUCACCGAUGUGACCUGACUUGACUUUUCUGACUUAAUUGGCAAUAAUUUGGUCGUAGUCUUUCAGUUUUAUUGUUUUUUUAAUCAAAACUUGUAAACAAAGUACCAGAAAUGUUUCCUUACUUGUGAAAGUCUUUCAAUGUAGUAGCCUUAUCAAAAUUUAUUUUCUACUUAAGUGAGUGUGCUGUGUGUAGUUGAAGCUUUGCAUUUGUUUAUGUGUAUGUUACAUUGAAUUCUGAAAUAGGGAAGUGCAUACUUUUCCAUUUUCUCAUUAGGAAUGAAAACUGAAGGAAGAGAUCAAUAUAGACAAGAAGUACAUUUCUUUUUUAUAUUUAAGAAAACACAGGCAAGGUGGUAAAUU